AUGAGAACAGCUGGGGAGGCAACAGGCAAAAAUCCAAAAAGAAAAAGAAGAAACAUCGAAGAAGAAGAAAACGUAGAAGAAGAAGUAGAAGAAAAAGAAGAAACAGAAGGAGAUGAAGCAGGAAAAGAAACAGAGAAAGAAGAAAAAAAAGGGGACAAAAAUGGGAAAGAAAAGGAUCGUAAAUCACCUGAGGGAGAGACAAACAGCAGUAAUAGUAGCACUGUGGAAACUGGAGAGACAGAGGAGACGACUCAGAAAGAGACCACAGAGGAGACUACUCAGGAAGAGACCAUCGUUCAGCAGGAGAAGGAAAGCACUGACAAUCACACUGUGAACAAUUCUUCAGAGAACACUGAUGACCAAAAAACUGGAGGAAUUGUGGGGAGAAAAAAGUUUUCCCUGUUUAAGCGAAAGCCACUGACAAGCCAGAAGAAUGUAUGUGGCAAGAAGGAAGAUAGCUCUGAAAAGCCAUUGCAGAGUGAAGAAAAAGAAAAGGAAGAUUUACCUGAUGAAGACAGUAAGGAUGAAAAUCAGAAUACACUGGAGAAUUCCAGUGAAACUGUGACUAAUCAGGACAGAAGGGUGAAAACAUGUAUAUUGCUGUAACAUUCUUAAAAUAUAUGAAAAUGUGACAGUCUUAAAGCACAUAAUGCAAUUUUUACUUGAAAACAGUUCUGACUCGAGAUAUUGAUGGCUGCUUUUUUGAUUGAUUGGAUUGCUGUAAUUUUAAAUAGGCAGAUGAUUUUCUUGGUAUUUAUUGAUAAUUUUACUACUUCAAAAUGAUAUGCUUAUCAGCACCUUGCUGGGGUUCUGUGGCCUUAUCUGUUGAUGCUCUAAAACAAAAUAUGGGGGGAUUUUAUGUGAAAAGUUGAAUACAGGCAUCUUAUGGUUUUUGCAAAAUAAUUUUAUUCUGUAUCAGUCUACAGAGUACCACUUUCAGCAUGAUACUCCGACAAAAUUAUAAUAUUUGAUGUAAGAUAUUAUUUGGUUUAACAACCAGUUAAGAAUACUGAAGGUACUCAGAAAUAUACAUGUUACUUUCUGUUUUGACAUAGAAAAAAUAGCAGUAAAACUUUCAAGUUAACUUGUAGGGCAUUAUGGAAGGAGUUACUUGAGUAUGUGCCUAAUUUCAUGCAUGGCAGCAGUCCCAGUGGAAACAGUGUAAGUACAGAAUUAUCCUGCCAAACUGGGACAGGGAGAAAGCUUUUAUUUCUGAGAGGUGCUGAAAACCUUUACUCCUGCUGAAAUUGGCAUAGGCUGAUGGGCCUCUCUCCUCAUUGAAUCAGGCCCAGUGAAAACUGGACACCCUCUUGUUUCACUUGGAUUCUAAUCCUGUACUCUCUGAACAUCCACACCUCAAUGAGUCUCCAGUGACGAUUUUCUUACAGAAAAAUAAUGUAACCAGAGAUACUGGGCAUCAAUACAACAAACUGAUCAUUAUGGGGUAAAUAUUCAUGUUUUUCUCAGGCAGACUGGCUUUUCUUCAGAUGGACAGUUAGAAGGAGGAGCCAAAAAUCAGUACAAAUAAAAACUGCUCAACAGCACUGCAGCAUUGAGAAGCAGAAAUUCUUUACUCAGCCAGAUGCUCAUGGGGAUAUCUCCUCCAAAAUACUGUGCAGGCUGAGUACAGAAAAAGCUCCUGUUUAUAUACUGUAUUUUGCAUACAUAGUCAUUGAUUUUCCCAGAAUAAACAUAUACAUGAUAAAUAAUUUCCCUGAAAUCAUUAAUAUAUUUUCCCUCCCCUUUACAUGCACUCUUUGCUGGUCCCUGGUGGUCAGUGACCCCAAAGUGAUUCCUGACCACACAGUGAACUGGUGGACAGCUGGGCUGGUUACUUCUCAGUUCUUCCUUUAAUUUUCCUAGAUUCAGAGUUGCUUAAAUUUUAUGUCAAAGAUCAGAAGUGUCCAGAGUUGAUUUCAUCCCAGGAGUCGGUUCACCUGAAUGCUUUGUCCUUGUAAGAUUGGCCCAGAUUCUUUCACAGGGCCCCCUCUGUGCUACCUUAAUCAUUAUAUUAAAAACCUGGGUGCUUGGGUCAUCCUUUGCCAGGGUUAGUUAGGAUCCUUUUGUGUCUUUUCUUUUUCUUUGGGCUACUCCUGCGUUCUGCAGUGAACCUUACACGAGGGGUUUUUCUCCUCCAUUAUAUUUAUGUAUUUUCUUAUUUUUCUGAAUGCACAUGUGGUUUCUGUUCUACUUGGAUAUUGUAGAGAAGAGUGAAGUGGAAAAGGAGAAAUAAAGUAAAUGGCACCCCCAUUAAUUUAAAUAAGCUUGAAUUAUUUUUUCAGAGGAGAUCAGUCAUAGAUAUUUUUUCUGUAAGGGCAAUUUCUUUUUUUAAAGGUGAAUGAAUUUAGUGAGAAAUAUUUCUUUAAAAUGGGAAUUACCCUCAAAUCUAAUGUUACAGAAGUUUACAUCAUGGACUGUAAAUUGCUGUAUGUCUGAGCAGUUUCAGGGACUGGUACAUUUAUCUUGUCCACACAUUUUGCUCAACAAGAAGCAGGAAUAUAUUAACCCAUUCAAUGUCUUUUUUCAUGUCUUCAUUUUUAAUAAAAAAGAUUAAACAAAUAAUGUGCAUGUGUACUAACUUACAGGG